UGACUACUUGACUAGGGACACACAAUUGAUGGGUUUCAGGAAAGGUUCGAGGAGAAGUGAAGACAAAAUGGGUGCCAAUCAAAGACAUGGAGUUCAAGUGGGGUAUGGGAGUAUUGGCGAGGAAGUCCGGAGGGGGUCCCCCGACAGAGGUAGAUCUAAGGACGUGGAUAGUGGUGAGAUUUUCAAGACGGAAUCUAGAAUAAAGGUGGAUCGACGUCAUAGCCAUAGGGAGGAAGAAGAGGAAGGAGGCAUUGGGGAUGGAGUACGACGUUCCACCAGACCGGAAACGCCUGGGCAAGCCGACGGAAAGCCUCGCGGACAGCCAAGAUCACAAAGUGGCAGAAUCGGAAUGGGCAAUGGUAGCAGGACCAGGAGUGACAGUAGUGGGUCAUUAAAGAGACAGCGGAGUCGGGUGGAGACACAAGCUACGACAAACGGAAUUAUGAAAAAGUGGCCCCCGUUCCUCUGGAUCAUGUUCAAGUUCCUGGGAUUGUUUUGGGCCAGACCUGUGAUCAAGGAGAGGUAUUGCCAUCAGUGCUACCGUAAAAAACAGGAGGAAGAGCAGAAACUCGUUCCCUCGAGACACUUCUCCUACCUCCAUACGCCAGAGAUCGGCAUCGAUGACUCGGACAUUGUUGACAACCUUAGGCCAUCUUACUUGUACCAGGAGCACAACGCUUCGGGAUCAGGCGAAUCGAAUCCUUUGCUCAUUGGCAACAUCCAGGUCGACUACCGAGUCGUUAACGGUUCAGGAUACUGCGUCAAUGAACACACUCAUGGUAACGAGGAGGAGGUGGAGAAGGAAAAGAGUGAGCGAUGCAGGGUUUGUGAUGCGUUGUGGUGGACUGGAAAGGGACAAUACUUGAAGUACACCGACACAUCAAUUGGUCUGAACUCCUGGAAUCACCGUGGCAGCGGGAUUCUUUCACUUGUCCUCCUCAUAACUUACCUCUCUCUCAUUCUCUAUGACGCUGGCUAUUAUGCAAGCAUCUAUUGGGGCAAGAAGGAAGACCUCAUCCGAUACAUCAGCUACAUGGCAUACCUCGUCUUUGCGGCAAGCGUCCCAGCAAUCUGUCUCUUCGGCCUCCUUCGAAAUGCUGUGACAAACCCUGCUCCACGUUUCACCCAGUGGCCGCGCGUCCUGGACAUCAGAUACGUGGUGCGUAGACUGCAGUAUCUGGACCUUGCUGACCACGGGCUUCCUUGCAAGCCUUUCCUGGUGGCCUGCACGGUGUUCCCGCUCUUCAUCGCCUUCUACAAAUUCAUGUUCUACACUGUCCUUCUGAAAGACAGCAUAUAUGUUCAUUUACACAGCUAUUUGGCAUGCAUAAUAGCUGCCAUUGGUCUCACAUUCUAUGGUGUCUUCUCCUAUUUCAUAUACCUCAUGAGGAUCUCGUUUGACUCUCAUCUUAAACUUGACAUUGAAUUCAUACGGAACCACGUUGGUCAGCUGGAUGUUUGCCGGUCAAAGAUGUCAUCGACCGUGCAGGACUUCCUCAAUCUGCGACAGCUGGCCAACGGAUGGAUGGUUAUGGUGUUUGGGGUCAUUACAUGGGCACUUGCAACACAGAUAACAUGGAACUACAUGUUGUUCAGUGGCCUCUACUUGGGUCACGGCGGCUCUUUCUCCACGCAUUCUUGGACCAUCCAGAUGUACAUCAACGGCCUCAUGGCGAUGGAGAAUGCCAUGUUUUUCUUCUUCCCGUGCUUUGCCAUCGGUGGCUUCAACAUCAACAUCGUCUGGAUCCACUUCCAUUACCGCCUGCUGGAGCUUCGGCGCGCCCGUCACGAGCGUUUCUGGUACCGCCUGCUGCAGUUCCUCAAGGAGCAUGACCCCGUCAAAAGCUCCAUGCGUGUCACCAUGCUCUUCACCCUCAUAAGUCUCUUCGUGGCACUCCAGUUUGGUGAUCAGAACAUCUAUUACUUUUACAACAACAUUACCGCCUCUGAUAUCGGACCUGAUCACCCCGCCGGCAUCUCCGCCGCUCAGGAUGAAAGUGGAAACUUUCCACCUUUGAUUCUACACUAAACUUUCAUCAGCUAAAUAACUCAUAUUAUUCACUGUGCAUUUCUGGUUAUAUGCGACCCAUAUCAUUUGCCGUAGUUGUAACGCUGCACUGCAGCACAACCUUUGACACAUACAUUCACAAGCAGACGACCUGGGCCAUCACGACGACUAACUUUCGGAAUUGCUUGAUUCAGAUGUUAUAUAAAACAAAUAAUGAAUGUUUUUUAUUUGAUCAAAAGUGUGAAUAUUUUCAUUCGUUCAAUAGUGCGAAAAUGUUCAUUCUUUGAGAGAUUAACGUUCUAUUAAACUCAUAAACAUUCAUUAUUUGUAUACUAUUCAGUGAUAAAAACCUAGAGAAUCAUAACACAUGCAUGCAAAGAUGAGGCUUUCACAUUUGUAUAAUUUAAUAACAAAGUCAAAAGAAGAAUAUAUUUACAAAAAUAAUACAUGUACUAAUUAUGAACAUUAAAUUAAAAAUUGUUAAUUUGUGAACAAGUUAAGAUUAUCAAUUAACACUGUCUAAUAUUCAGCCACUAAAUGUACAAAGACCAUGGCAUAUUGCACUGUAUAUUCAAUAGGCCUUUGGCUGCUCUGAAGUGUGAGAUGAGACUCAAAUUCAUUAUUUCUUUUUGGAUUGUUGUUCUACUUUAAAGGUACUAUGUCCCAUUUGCAGGUCAAAAAAAUGAAA